UCUGAAUUUAGGAAAUGGUUUUACACCCUUUAUUGUUUCCUUCCUUGUUUAUCAGAUUACCUUUAUAUAAGAUGAACAGGAAAUCUAUAUACAUAUAUAUCUCGACACGUUUAAAAAGAAUCCCUAAAAAGGUAUUGUACGCGCAAUAUUUGCCUGCAAUUUCUCUGUAAACCUACAAAUAAAAUUUCGCGUUGGCUUAUUGUGUUUUGGUUCAAAUAAUUUUCAAUAUAAUGACUUGUAAAUUUAAAAUACGAAAAAGGUAUGGUUCUAAAAUUUGAUCUAAAGGAUCUAAUAAAAUGCUACAACUGGAGGAGAAGUAGUUUAUGGAGGUACAAUAUGGUGGGGAAAGCGACCUGCCUAUCGUUCUCCCUCUACAGAAAUUUUCUUAAACUUGUCGAGCUACAUGUGCAUACGCUGAUGAUGCAGCAGCUUCGUAAAGGUGGAAGCGCUCAAACACCAAGAAACAUAAUAAGAAACUUACUCUCAGAUGCAACAUUAGUGGAAAUCGAGCGUGAAUUAUCGCUUAUCGUUUAAUGAUAAGCGAUUCUGAGUAAAGACAGAAAGAAAUUUCUACAUAAAAACGGAUGAAAAGUACCGUAUUACAAAACAACGUGACUAUUGCGACCAGCAAGUGGUGCCGCCAUUAACCUACGGCGAGAUAUCCGAAGUUCGUGAAAGCGUUUGACGUCAGUGACCAAGAACGCUGAUAAUCUUGCGGCGCAGAUAUCGCUACGCGAAAUAUCAGAGGAUAUCUGUGGUGGUUUACGGGCGGAAUUAAAUAUAUGAAAGUACAUAGUGGUUUAUGGUUUAAUAUACGGCCUCGAGAAUAUUAGUUAGGCCCAUAAUGGGCGGGGUCGUGGCUUGGGUCGAGUGAGAGACAUGGAGCGACCUCAGUGUUCUCAGUGGUGAGCUGCACGGCCAUCGCCGACCGUCGGUUUCGCCUAGCGCAACCAACGUACUCUGCUAUGACAUCGUUCUGAAAAUCCCAGAUUAUCCCAGUAAAAGCCUCCUCCUCGGUGUCAUCGUAACGUCGUUCGAAUAUCUCGCCAGGUUCGAUAUCUCGGAGGAGGACUUGAGUGGGGCGUGUGCAGGUUUUAAAAACAAGGGCCAGAAACUACGUGCAAAGUCGAACGAAAUUGUACGGCGAGGUUAACCUCUCUCGACGUGUCGACAACAGAGUAUACGAACCAGGAAAAAGAGAAGAGCUAAUAGAAAGACAGAGAACGAAGUUAAAAGUGUAAAAAGGGACGGAACGAGGCAAGGGUGGAAUAAGAUCGAAAGAGACAGAACAAAAGGGGAGGGAAUGAACGGCCCUGGAAGUCAUCAGCAUCGCGGCUUGGGCAUGCAGGGACGUUACAGGGCCGUAGUAAACGGUGGUACCCAAACGGGGCCCCAUUCACGGCCUCCAGCGCCCCGUGGUGGAUGGCACCCUCAUAAUCAACACCCUCAACACGCCCAGAUACCUCAGCAAUACACCGGCAACAAGGAAUAUCCAUAUCGUCAAUGUCCACCGCCACGCUUCCAUAACGGGGACUGUCCCGGAGUUGGUACGUCUUCCGGACCGAACGGUAAGGAAGUAUCGUAUCACGGGAACGUAGGCGGAUCCAGCGUGGGGUAUAAACCGCCCCCGCAGCACAGUCCGCAAUCGAGAGGUCCACCGGCACAUUUUCCACAAGAGUCUGUGGGUCCUCCGGCAAAUUCUCCGCCAUUGCAUAUCAACAUCUGCGGCCAAGAGAACACGAUGCGUGGCCCGUUAUUGAACAUGAGCCCAGGUCUCGGAGCUAGCGGCGUCGAUAUGGAGUAUCGUAGAACUUCUCAAGCCACGAAUCAGCUACCUCUGAGUCCUGUACAAAUACAACCUUCGCCGCCGUAUUACAGGCAGCCUAGUCAAGACGAUGGUAGAAAGAGCGAAUCACCGUCGAGAAAACGUCGACGAAUAUCACGGAACGGUGCCGUGUCUGGGAUCGAAGUACGAGAGACGACACCACAGUCGCCUACACCACCGUUACACACAACUCCACCGCCAUGGGAAUUUUCACCGGCACCCCAAAGACGAUCACCUCGCAAUCAUAUGUCCACACGCGGUAGUCCAACAAUUCGAAAUCGUUACCAACGAUACACCGACUCGUUCGGAUUAUCCUAUUCCUUCAUUCCCGGGCACAAUCCUCAUCCGACGAUUCACAACUCCCACCAUGGUAUCCAUGGCUCUCAUCACAGUAUCCACAAUUCGCACCAUAAUCUGCACAGUUCCCAUCAUAAUAUGCAUAACGCGCAUCAGACGCAUCCCCAUCAUCCACCGGGUACAGGACACCAUCCUGCGCAGGGAGCGAACGGUCCUGUGGUCGUUGACGUUGGACAAGUCGGUGUUUCCGGUUUAGGGGUGGCCGUCAGCGGCGAACCCAUCUGGCAUCCACAAGCGACAGGUUACAGAAUUCCUUGUCAGCUGCACAGUAUAUACACACCGACUGGGGCACACGCGUUUGCGCAUUCGUGUCAGGUCACACAUCACCAUAGUCACUAUCCAUCGGCUCAUCCGACCCAUCCAGGCCACAGCCUAGUCGGAUAUCCAACGCCAACCGGAGGUCCCGUGGCGGCUCUUCAUCAUGCUCAUGCACCUCCACCGCCCGUCCAUACUGCUCAUUAUACUGCGCAUCAUCAACUCUCGCAACAGAGAGAAGUUGAAUUAGAGUUAAUUGAAUCCCAUCAUCAUCAUCGAGUAGGAGCCGCAGCCGGUGCUCCGUUACCAUUGCCGCACUCGUACUCGCCGCCAGCUCUCACUCAAGUCACGACUCCGACUCCUACUCCUAUAUUCCUGUCAGAAACUAGAAACAGUCAAUUGGAAAUGAUUCAAUCUAGAAAUCGUCGUACAGGACCGAACGUUCACACGGUUAGACGACCAAGGUCGGGUAGAUGGAGAGGUACACCUCCGAUACCGCAGACUUAUCCGGCAUUCUUACUACACUUCUUAGCGAUGUUCAGCAACCCACCAUUAUCGCCGUACAGUCAAGCGGAGCUUUCAUCGCCAGAUUCGGCAACCGAAAAUUACGAGGCUCUACUGUCGUUGGCUGAAAGACUGGGAGAAGCUAAACCACGAGGACUGACCCGUGCCGAAGUCGAACAGCUGCCCUCGUACAAAUUUAACGCGGAAACGCACCAGGGAGACCAAACUAUCUGUGUCGUGUGCAUGUGUGACUUCGAGGCUCUGCAGUCGUUGCGCGUACUACCGUGCUCCCACGAAUUCCACUCGAAAUGCAUCGACAAAUGGCUUAAAUCGAACCGAACGUGUCCAAUAUGCCGUGGCGAUGCCGGACAAUAUUUUGGAAACGCCAGUACCGGUAGCGACUGACGCCAAGCUGCUCAAGUGCACUAGCGCCAACUGUCACGGAUCUCAGGGACGCUACUUCGCACAGAGCUACCAGCCAUCAGGUUGCUGGUUUGUGCAAAUUUCUGUUGACGAGCAUUUCUCUCGUACCGAGGAGGCUGGGAACAAAGACGACCGCGCGGAGUUGCGGUCCAAACCAACGGCAGAACCGAGCGUGUCUGCUACAACCCUUCAGCCAGAGGAUUAUGAAAAUCGAAGAACGAUAAAAAAAAAAAAGAUGAAAGAGAAAAAAAAAUUUAAAUUCAGGGUAUGAUCGUGUGUCGGGUGUUGAGAACAAAAAAGGACCACACGCAAUAAAGGUACACGAUUUUAAAUUAACAGCAUGCAACAUUUGUACGUUGACGAAUGAACGUUUCUCGCGUGUUUAUUCCAUAUUGUUUUUUUCUUCGGAUAUUAGAGAAAGGGGGGAGAGAGAGAGUGUGUGCGAGUGUAUAAUAUGUUGUAAUAAGCAAUCAACUGAUGUUAGGGACAAACGAGAAAGAAGAAGAAGAAAGUUUCAGAGAUAUUAAAAGCUACACAAGCAUUUCAAGUCAGAGUUGGAAAUCUGACGCUUGUUCGUAUAUUAUUAUUAUUAUUUUUUUUUUUCUCUUUGUUUCAACUAGCGCUUUGACAUUUACGUAUUUAACGCUCGUUUGUUGUUUUGUGUUGCUACUUUUUAGGAGAGUAUCGGGUAUAUAUUGUGUACAUAAGUACUUGUAAUAAUGCAACUAUUGCCACUUUCCAUUAACGUUCCAAUUUUUAUUAUUAUUAUUAUUACUAUUAUUAUAGUUGUCUUUUUAAUCCUACGAAUUGUACAUAAUUACGUAAAACACUCCUAUUAUACAUACACGCGCGUAUAUGAGUGUGUGCGUGCAUAUAAAACCGAUUCUAGGUAAUUUGUUUCUUUUUGUUAGGGAGGGAGGGGGGACGGGGGGGCACUUAACCAAAUGUAGUACAUAAAUUCUUUUCCUUUUUUUUUCUUCUUGCAACAAAGAGGACAAGACGUGUUAUUGUGUCGGGCAAUGAAGAAACACAACUUCCUAACAAAUAUAAGCUUUUUGUGUCUUUGUGUAGGAUGGGUGAUCAUUUUGUUAUUAUCAAUAGUUGCAGAAAUAAUUACCGGGAAGAGAUGAUUUAUUUAAUAUUCGUUUCUCUCGCGGUGGUUCGUCGACAACCGUUUCCUUUCUUUAUCUACUUCAAAGAUCCUUCGAAACCGUGAGAGGAAAUAAAACAAGAAGUCAGUCGAUUCAGCAAUAGUUUACUAUACGCAAAAGAUGCAAAACUAAAUAAAGAAGAAAAAAAAGAAAGAAAAAAAGAGAAAAUGAUAAAAGAAUACCGCUUCUGUUUCCUGCGUAUCUACCUCUAAUAGAUGAAAUGAAACGAUUCAUAUUUUUUUAUACACACAUCUCAUAAACAAUAAACGUACGUACGCUAAGAAAACCAAAAAAAAAAGAAAAAAAAGGAUAAUAAAAGAGAGAAAGAGCACGCGCGCGCGAGGGAGAGAAAAAUAAGGAUGGAUUAGAAGAAUCGAGUUAACCGCGAUUUCGGAAAUUUUCAAUAUUAAAUAAACUUUAACGAUUAAGAUUCGUCGGAUAAAGUAACGUUAAUAUUUAGAAAGUCCCUGCAGAGAAUCUAUGAUAUUCGUUCCCAAGAAUUUUUGGAUAAAAUCUCACGGCUGGACACCACGUGUCGAUUUUUCUCUAUCUCAAAGAUCUGUAAGAAAAAAAUUCAUUCUUAUCAUUUUUUUUUUAAUUGUUUGAGAAAUUAUAUAAUCUUUUGUUGCAUUUUAAAUUGUUAUAAAGCUGUACCGUAGAAAUCUAAUGGGGGGAAAAGAAAAUUUCUUGUUUAGACUUUUUGAAUUUGGUGCUUCGUUUCUCGCGUGCAUAGCUUUGGAAUUAAUUAAAAAAUCACUAUAUCUUUCAUGGAUUUUUCCAUUUAACGCGUUCGCUGUCGAUCACGCGAUAUCGCGGGCCCGAUCGUCGACGUUGAAACGUUGAGGCAUCCAGCGACCGACUUUACUUUUGGAGUUCGGCAGCGAAUGGUAUUCGAUGUGUUAAUUAGAUUACUGUUGAAUUAAUGAAAAACAUCACGUGGUCUUCUCUCGUAACGGUGUAAAAUAGAGAUCGAACACGAAACGUGUAAUGGGUUCUUGAACUGUCUCCUUCCAUUUCUUAUCGCGUGCCUUUACUGUACUUGACCGGGUAUCGGGAAACGAUGAGAGUUCAUGGGGAAAAAGGAAAUAGAGAAAAUGAGAAAAAAUUUGAAAAACCUGAAUUGACCCUCGAAUCCUGUGAAUUCGAAAGUUCAGGUGAAUUUGAAACAUUCGUUCGAGUCACAGGAGGAAAUGUACAUUUGGAGCAGAAAAACAAAACCAUUUAAUUAGACCACGAUUUGGCAAACUGUAAAUUUCUCUUAAGAUUCUUUUAUUUUGAUUAGUAUUAGCUAUAAACCUCCAAUUUUGGAUCCACAAAUUAAUUUUUGAAUAUAUAAUAUAGAAUUGAACGCUAUAAAUAUUUGGUAUCGACAUGUUAAUUUUUAACGAACAAAUAGAAUAGGUAAUUAGUUACAGUUUAUCUUUUGCAAUCGAAGUAUGAAACUAUAACAUUUACCAAAUAAUUUCCUACCUUUCGCAUCGGUGUAGCUUCAUUUGUUAAAAAUAUUUUAACAAUUGUUUGCCAAAAUCGUGCGUGGUCUAACGCGUGGCUAAAUCAUCGCAUUACCACCGUGUCUACCACCUAUAUCUGGCUAGAACAGGACCAACGAGCUUUAUUUUACACUCUGACAUUCUACAAUUUGAAUGUAAACUGAUAUUUCUCGGUCAAUACUUGGAACGAUACUCUACGUAGAACGUAACAGAAUUUGGAUCAUUAAUUACACCUUAAUUUCAAUUUCCAUUCGAUUGAUAAGUGUUCUACUUGGAGUAUCUUAGAAUCCAGUAAGUUUCUAGCAGAGCGAAUAUACUCGUAAGUGAAACUCGUCCGUGCAACCGUAUAUACGUAAAAAAAAAAAAAAAAACAUGUACUUUUUAGUAGUUUUGUACGGGUCUAAGGCUGCGUUUGCGAUCAUUGAGAAAUAUCAUUUGAUCGAGACUAAAUGACCAUUCGCUGUUCACAUUCGAAGAAUCUAAAAUGAUCAAAUUAAUAGAGCGUCAUUUAAUUCGAUCAAAUAAUAUAUGAAAAGGUAACACGUGCAAGCACAAAUCAAAAGAUAUUGAUUUUCAUUGUUUCAUUUGAUGGAACAAUAUCAAAAGCUCGUGUAUACAUGUAUGUAUGUGUGCGUGUGUGCGUGUUGGUUUUUCUUAGAUGCGUUUUAACAGGAACACAUAUCACUUAAUCUCCAUCGUAAUCCACGCGUCUCGCACGCUCGCCCUUUUUGUCGCUAGACCCGGCCAGAGAAAGAGCAAAAGGGAAUGGCUCAUUUUUUUACUAGCUUAAGCGAAAGAGACAGAAAACGAUGCGUGAACGUGCGUGUGAAUUUGUCGAAAGGGACGAGCGUUCGAUCGGAAGGAGCUAAACGCCGAACAAGAUCUACACAUCCGGUGUUCAGUGAACAAAACUACUCUUUUUCUCUCAUCGGGCUUUUCACAACUUUUUUUUUUUGAUCCCAAGUAGUAUAACAUUGACGUAACUAGGGAGGGUUCAAAGUGGCCCCCAUACUCUAUCAGAAAUGAUCAAAUUGAUACAAAAAUAUUGCUAGCCGCCUGAGAUAAAAAAAUACUAAUUACGUCAGUGAGUAAAUUUAGACGCGAAUUGGAAUCUCUUUCUCUUCUACGUUCCUGUGAUAAAUAAUAAGAAACAGAAAAAAGAAAUAUGGUAUUCUCGUGAUGUAGAAAUCUCCUUUUUUUUUCCUGGGCCGAUUCUCGACUACAGAGGUUACUUUUGACCCCCCCGUCCAACGCUCCGUCCCUUGAUACGCUUAGAUUAAGCUAGGCAUAAUGUACCCUUUGAAACGCGUACCUUAAGCACACCCUGAAGCCUAGUGUACCAGUCGCAGCAGAUAAGAUACAAAGAUCGGUACCUGGAAUUAAAAUUGAAUAUAUCUUAGUGACUUUAAGUUUCAUAUUUAGAGGGGUUCCAUUAUUAUACCCUGUACAAUUAAUUUUCAAAUUGCAGAAUUAUUUUCCAUCGCGAUAGCCAUGAUUGCAAUUAUUCAAAACGCUACUUAUUUCAAGAUUGAUUUUCAAAAGAGUAGUACAUUCAAGGUACCGAUCUCGAUGCAAACCAAGUACCAAAAGAUUCAAUUGUUCCGAUAUGUACGAGGUUGUAGAGGUAAAGUUGAUUUGUAUAUAAAAGAUACAUCCGUUUAUACACACACACACACACUGUACAACACGGAUGAAAAAAAAAAAAAGAAGAAAAGGUAACAGAGCCAUACGCGUUAUUUUAAUGUGCCGCGAAAAUGGAACACACGACAGCUAAAAUUCGAAUGGGUUUGAUUCUCGAUUACUUUAGAGAGAAGGCAGGGUGCUUGCCCCCGUGGAUUCGUAAUAUUGAACUUUCUGUGUUCGAUGCCAGCUGCGCGUUAAACUGAUUUAUGCAUAUCGAAGCACGUCGUUGUUGAAGUAUUCAUCUUCUGAAAGCCAUGGCCUCUAUGUGGACACGGCACCCUGAAAGCUUUGCUGAAAUAACAACGAUCGAUGGAAUUGUUUGCCUUCGAGUUCUUUGUCACUUUUUUUUUUAAUUAUUAUUAUUAACCCUUCGAAGCAGUUUUUUAUUCUAACGUGACGUUUUUUAUGGGUUAAUAGAAAUUUGUUGUAUAUAAAUUAUCAAACCAUUCAAAAUAUUAAUAUUUAGGUUUAUUAAGUUUUAUUUGAAAAUUUCUCACCAUUCUCCAAGUUACCGUUCAAAGCUAAUUAAUUGUUUAAUAAUAAUUAUCAGUUUUCGCGUAGCUGGCAUUGUUUCACCAACGAAAGUAUCGAAAAUCGUAUCCGAUGACCGGAAAUGUUAUUCGCGGGGGUAGAAAGGUGAACAGCAAUAAAUCAAACGUUGAGUUCCACGUGUAUACGAGAUCCGUGGGGAAUAGAGUUGUAUAGAAGUUUUCGUGCGUUCAACGUGUGUACAAUAGUGUUUAUUAGUUUUUGUUGCAAACUUUUGCUAUUCGUGAACAGAGAGACACAGCCGUAUCGCUUCACCGCAGAUAGUACAAGCAUGCCAUUAGUUAAUAAUUCGUUUAAGGAGAAAACGCAACAGUAUUUUCUCUAGCGAGUGGUGCUUUCUGAUUGUACGUUUUCUUUGAACAUAACGGAAGUGCGCCCCGUCAUCUGGCACCGGGACGAACAUUACAAACCGCCAUAUUUGACAGAAAUUUAGAAAUUAGAACAUUUUUUAUCAUUCCAGACAUGUACAGUUGUGCGCAACGUAAGCUUCUCUUAAUUAAGGGUAAGUGCAGAAGGAGGAACCUCCACCAUUUUGUCUUUGAUCUUGGGAGAAUCUAAUCUUGAAAGUGAUGGAACGUUUCUUCCUCUCAAUUUUUUUUUUAACCAUAAAAGCCUUAAUUGCACCCAACUGUACAUUAAUGAAGGUUGUGUCAAAGUUUAGGGAAAGAUGUUUAUCAAAAUUAUCCCUUAAAAUUUGACCCAACCUUUCUGGAACACUCCACCUGAUUUUUCCAUCAAAUCAUCGACCCUCUACAUUUUUGUUGAGUAAGAUCGUUCUACACGUCUUCCUACCGACACAAAAAAGUCUCGUUGUUAAUAAACCAUAAAUAAUAUGUCGACCUCCUCAGACCGUACUGUUUUUUCCUCCUUUAUUUGUCAAUGAAAUAAUAUCAGAGGUGGUCGGCAACGUCCUCGGUAGCCAUGUGUUCUCAAACAAUUUUUAUAUUUUAUAUUAUAGUAGAAUUAAUAUCGCUGCUGCUGCUGCUGCUACUGAUACCACUAUUUUCGUUAAUAUACCGGAAGUGCGUUAAAUGUUUUUUAUACAAGCUCGAUUUAACGUUUUUUAGUUAUAUUUAAUUUGUUCGUUAGUUAAUUGUUGUUAUUAUUAUUGUAUCAUUACCAUUAUUAUUAUGUUAUUAUUAACGUACGAAGAUAUUGGUUCAUUAAGUUUAGAUUGUAAUUCGCUCUAAUAUGGGGAACACGUUGUUAACAACCAAAACUAGAUAAAUUUUCUGUAUACAAAGGAAACGUUUCGAUUCAGAAAGGAAAUGAAAUAAACAUCGAAGCGUUUCAAUGAAAGCGAACCAUUUGUACAGACGCGAAGAUAACGAUGCCAAACAUUAUAUAUUAUUAAUACUGA